UAACUCGACGCGUCACCCCGACGUCAACCUCUCCUCUGUCGGACGUCCCGUCCUGAGAGCAAAACUCCUGCGACUUUGGGCCCCGCCCCCUUGAGGUGAAGAGCAGCCAAUGAGGGAGGCUCUGUGGGGAUUCAGACCAAUGAGCAGAGGCCAGGGCGGGGUGCGGGCUCGAGGGUGGGGCGGCCCGCAGCUGUGGAAGCCCGAGGUCUAGCUGCGCGCAGUAUAUGACAGUACGUCAGCAGCGGGAUGGCCGUAGCUGUGGCGGCGGCUGCAGAAGCCCGAGCAGCCCCGGCCGCAGUGGAGGCUGGAGCCCGAGCGGCGUCCGCGGUGGCACCCCGGGGAGUUUAAGAUGGCGGCGGGGGGGGCUGCGGGACUGCGGGAGGAGCAGCGGUACGGGCUGGCGUGCGGGCGGCUGGGGCAGGACAACAUCACCGUGCUGCAUGUGAAGCUCACCGAGACGGCGAUCCGGGCGCUGGAGACUUACCAGAGCCACAAGAAUUUAAUUCCUUUUAGACCUUCAAUUCAGUUCCAAGGACUCCAAGGGCUUAUGAAAAUUCCCAAAAAUGAUUCCUUCAAUGAAGUCCACAACUUUAACUUCUACUUGUCAAACGUGGGAAGAGAUAAUCCUCAGGGCAGCUUUGACUGCAUCCAGCAAACACUCUCUAGCUCUGGAGCCUCCCAGCUCAAUUGCCUGGGAUUUAUACAAGAUAAAAUUACAGUGUGUGCAACAAAUGAUUCCUAUCAGAUGACGCGAGAAAGAAUGACCCAGGCAGAGGAGGAAUCCCGUAAUCGAAGCACAAAAGUUAUCAAACCCGGUGGACCAUAUGUAGGGAAAAGAGUGCAAAUUCGUAAAGCUCCUCAAGCCAUCUCGGACACAGUGCCUGAGAGGAAAAGGUCAACGCCCAUGAACCCUGCAAAUACAAUUCGAAAGAUGCAUAGUGGCACCAGUAUCUCUCAGAGGCCGUACAGGGACAGGGUCAUCCAUUUACUGGCACUAAAAGCCUACAAGAAACCUGAGCUGCUUGCUCGACUGCAGAAAGAUGGUGUCAAUCAAAAAGACAAGAACUCCUUGGGAGCAAUUCUGCAACAGGUGGCCAAUCUGAAUCCUAAGGACCUCUCCUAUACUUUAAAGGAUUAUGUAUUUAAGGAGCUCCAGCGAGACUGGCCAGGUUACAGUGAGACAGACAGACAGACAUUGGAUUUGGUGCUCUCUAGAAAACUAAAUCCAUCUCAGAACGCUAGCACCAGCCGGUCAGAGUCUCCCAUGUGUUCCAGCAAAGACGCUGCCUCAUCUCCUCAGAAACGACCUUUGGAUUCAGAUUUCAUUGAUCCUUUAAUGAACAAAAAAGCUCGAAUAUCUCACCUAACAAACAGAGUCCCACCGACAUUAAAUGGCCAUUUGAAUCCCACCAGUGAAAAAUCUUGUGCAGGCCUCCUUCCAGCCCCUGCAGCUGCUGCCAUCCCCACCCUCUCGCCGCUGCCUUCAACCCACCUGCCUGUCUCCAAUCCUCCUCAGACUGUAAAUUCCAACUCCAAUUCCCCUAGCACUCCAGAAGGCCUGGGGACUCAAGACCUACCUGUUGACAGUUUUAGUCAAAAUGGUAGCAUCUUUGAGGACCAGCAAGAAAAAUAUACCUCAAGGACUUGUCUGGAAACAUUACCCCCUAGCUCAGCUCUGCUAAAGUGUCCAAAGCCCAUGGAAGAAGAGCAUCCAGUGUCUCACAAAAAGUCCAAAAAGAAGUCUAAAAAACACAAGGAAAAGGACCAAAUAAAGAAACAUGACAUUGAGAUCAUGGAGGAGAAGGAGGAAGACCUUCAGAGAGAAGAAACUGCCAAGCUGAGUAAUGCCAGUCCAAAUCCCAAUGAAGGAGUUAAAGAAGGGUGCACAGCCUCCAUGGAGCCUUCUUCAGCACUUGAACUCCCAGAUUAUUUGAUAAAAUAUAUUGCUAUUGUCUCUUAUGAGCAACGCCAGAAUUACAAGGAUGACUUCAAUGCUGAGUAUGAUGAAUACAGAGCUUUGCAUGCAAGGAUGGAGACUGUAGCCAGGAGAUUUAUUAAACUGGAUGCACAACGAAAACGCCUUUCUCCCGGUUCAAAAGAGUACCAGAAUGUUCAUGAAGAAGUCUUACAGGAAUAUCAGAAGAUCAAGCAGUCCAGUCCCAAUUACCAUGAAGAAAAAUACAGAUGUGAAUAUCUUCAUAACAAGCUGGCUCACAUCAAAAGACUAAUAGGUGAAUUUGACCAACAGCAAGCAGAGUCAUGGCACUAGAGCUCUGCUUGGACCAGAAGAUGUGAAUAAACUAAAGCUUAUUUAUUUAAAAUUCCAGAUGAGUUGCUCUAGAUUCUAAAAGAUGAAACUUUGCUUGUUGGAAGUUUCAGUAUUAGUAAACUUGAGUUACUUUUUUUCCUCUCCAUUUUACUUUGCUGCCCUGAAUUUUGAAGCUGCUUUUUUUCUGGUCCUCUCCCCAACUGCCCACUCCCAACCCCCAACUUGUUUGUUAAUAGAAGCAAUUUUUAAGAGAUUGGGGAUCCAGUGUCUAUACUUCAAAUCCAUUUUCCUUGAUAACUUGUCUUUGUCAUUAGAGAUGAUUUUUUUUUAAAGAUAUCGGGGAUGCAAAGUCCAUACAGAUACAAAGAAUUACGUGUGUUUAAAACAAGGCAAAACAGUAAUGUGCAAGGUGAAAAGCUUUUGGAUAAACAAAAGCCUAUUUUCUGACCUUUCUUAAUGCAAACUCUUUGCCUUAAAUGGUAGAAUAUUUAGAUAUUUGCACAAAGUACAAAAAAUCAAAACAUUGUUUUUGGAGGGUUGAAAAAUAGAACAUGAAUGUGUAUAGUUUUCUGUACACAUACAUGCACAUAUACAUACUUACAUACAUACAUACAUACAUACAAACAUACGGGCUAUCUGGCUCUAGAGUGUUAAAUCUGCCCUAAAAGUCAAACCCCCAUUGCAAUGGCUGCCUUAAGGUGUUUGCUAGUUGUGUACAUCAUGUGGUUAACCAGUAGCUACACUGCUUCCCAGUGAUAACAGCCCCAGCCCGGGAAGCACACUGUGGCCUACCAGCAUCAGAACCUGUGUGUUCUGCUUGUAUGUCUGCAGAGCUGCUGUGGAUGUGAGCUGCGUGAAGGUUAAAAAAAGCUGCUACUCUCAGUAGGCCGGACACUCAGGUUAAAGAGCUGACGAGUGUUGCAGUAGCUUGUUGGUGUGUGUUUGCUUGGUUUUUGUUUGUUUCUGUCAAAUUGCUACUUCUAUUGUGGAAGACAAAAGCAUUUCCAUUUCAACAGUUUGUCAGCUUUAUUAAUGUUGGGCAAAAAAUGAUAUGUUAUGAAAAUGAAACAGAUCUUAUAGUUUUGGGGCAAAAUGACAAAAAUAAAUGUGUAGGUAUCCUAUUUAUAUACUGCUAUAAAGUAUUUUUUGAAGAAAGAUAUGCAAAGAAGCUAUUACCUACAUCAGAUGUAUAUUUAAAUUUUUUUUCAUCCUGGAUCCCAGGAAUAUAAAAAAGAGUAGAUAUAUUUAACCAUAACAUACUGUGACUCAUCAAAUAGCACAAACUUUCAUUUCAUGGAGUUUAUCUGUUAACGUUGAUUUAAACUAUCACUUGUCUUAUCAUGUGGGAACAUAAGUUAUGUGGUCAAAAUAUAAAGAUUUUGAACUAAAGUUGAUUCAGGUUGUCUUGUAUCGUUGUCUCAAAGUGCUGCCAGUUGAAAAGGGAAGCAUUAUGUUUACAAAUCUGUUUUGAAAUGUUUGCCAAAAUUUUGGUAGUAUCUUUAAUAAAGAUGUUUGUCUUCAGCAUCCAAAAA